AAUAGGGCCUUUAUGGUGAAAAUCCGUAAGCGGAAAUAGGAAGUGUGCUGUUUUGUGUAAACUUGAUGCCGGUCUGAGCCGGACGCUGAUGCGGAUCCUCAGUUCCACACUUGCAGAAGUUAGAACGCCUCUAAGUUUCUCUGGUGCUAUCUGGUUAUUGUGGUUGUACUGGGAGGUCCGGUGAUGGGGUACAGGGUUGUCCUCGGGGUUCAGCGGCCCCGUCCUGUCCAGCUCAGGCUGUUGCUGCUGCUGCUCCCCAUCUUGCUGUUGGCGGUUUGGGCAGAGACCCGAGACUACUAUGAUCUGCUGGGAGUUAGCAGGGAGGCCACGACGAGAGAGAUACGACGAGCCUUCAAGCAGCUGGCGCUCACCAUGCACCCCGACAAAAACCCUGGUGACCCCUCAGCCCAUGAGAAGUUCCUGCAGGUGAAUCGAGCAUAUGAGGUUUUGAAGGAUGAAGACCUCAGGAAGAAAUAUGACAAAUAUGGGGAAAAGGGACUGGACGAGCAGCAGGGAGGACGCUACGAGAGCUGGAACUACUACCGCUAUGACUUCGGUAUCUAUGAUGAUGACUUGGAGAUCAUCACGUUGGACAGUGGAGAUUUUGAGGCAGCAGUAGACUCUGGAGAGAUCUGGUUCAUCAACUUCUAUUUCCCACGGUGUUCACACUGUCACCAGCUGGCUCCAACGUGGAGGGAGUUUGCCAAGGAGAUGGACGGAGUGAUCAGGAUCGGAGCGGUGAACUGUGGAGACAACAACCACCUGUGCAGGAGGAAAGGCAUCAACAGCUACCCCAGCUUGUUUAUAUACAGAGCAGGACAGAGACCAGAGAAGUUUAAUGGGGAGCGUACUAAAGACAACUUGGUCCGCUUCUCCAUGCAGUUUAUCACAACAACUGUCACUCAGCUCUGGCAAGGUAACGUGUUCAGCGAGAUAGAGAGUGCAUUCUCAGCAGGGCUCGGCUGGCUGAUCACCUUCUGCUCCGACACUGGAGGUAAUACGCAUCCAAUAACAAGACAGAAGCUAUCAGGAAUGCUGGAUGGUCUGGUUAAGGUGGGAUGGAUGGACUGCACCACACAGAAAGAGCUCUGUGCCAGCUUCCAGGUGACCAGUGGAGCGACUGCCUUGUUCCCACCUGGAAGUUCUUUGGAUCAGCAGGGCAGCGUACUGUGGCUGAAUACUCUGGACAGUAAAGAGAUUUACAGUCAGGUCAUCAGCCAUCUGCCUGAUCUGGAGCUGCUGACCACUGACACCUUCCAGAGGAAACUGGCCCGUCAUCGCUGGCUGGUCAGUUUUACCUUUGGAGACAGAAGCACCUCCUCCAACGAGUACAAGAAGCUGCAAGCUUUCCUCAGAAGUGACCACAUACAGGUUGGCAGAGUAGACUGUACAGCAGAUUCAGAGUUGUGUCAGUCGCUCUACAUCCACAAACGUUGUGUGGCCGUCUUCAAAGGACUGGGAAUCCAUGACUUUGAGAUCCACCACGGUAAAGAUGUGUUGUACAACAUCGUGGGGUUUGCGAGGGACAGUGUCCGGGCCUAUGUGACAACACUGAGGCCUGACAACUUCCCUUCGGACAGAAAGGAGCCUUGGCUGGUCGACUUCUUCGCUCCGUGGUGUCCUCCGUGCCGAGCUUUACUGCCUGAAUUGAGAAAAGCGUCCAUCCAUUUGGCUGGACAGAUGAAAUUUGGCACUUUGGACUGUACCAUUCACCACAGCCUCUGCUCCAUGUAUAACAUUCAGGCGUAUCCGACGACGAAGAUUUUCAAUGGUUCUUCUGUUCAUGAAUACGAAGGACAACAUUCAGCUGAUGGCAUCCUGGAGUUCAUACAGGAUCUGGUCAAUCCGUCUGUGGUGGUCCUGGAUCCUUCCAGCUUCACUGAGAAAGUCAAAGGUCGAGCUGAAGGGCAGAUCUGGGCGGUGGAUUUCUACGCUCCAUGGUGUGGUCCCUGUCAGGCGCUGAUGCCAGAGUGGAGACGCAUGGCCAGGAUGCUGUCGGGUCAGAUCCUGGUGGGCUCAGUUGAUUGUCAGCGGUUUCAGUCGCUCUGUCAGAGUCAGAGUGUGAGGGCCUACCCUGAAAUACGAUUGUAUCCCAGCAACACACAGCAGCCAGAGCGCUACAUGACUUACAACGGUUGGCACAGAGAUGCUCGUUCACUGAAGACAUGGGCACUAAGUUCUUUACCCAGAGUGUCGGUGGACCUGACUCCAGACUCCUUCAGGUCUCUGGUUCUGUUGGGUCAGGAUGACUGGGUCCUGGAUUUUUAUGCCCCCUGGUGUGGACCCUGUCAAACCUUUGCGCCAGAAUUUGAGGUCCUGGCUCGGAUUCUUAAAGGGGAGGUUCGAGCAGGGAAGGUCGACUGUCAGGCUCACUAUCAGACCUGUCAGUCAGCUGGAAUCACCGCCUACCCAACCGUCAGGUUUUACCCGCACCUGGGAACAAGGAGGUAUGAACGUGGCGGGGAAUACAUCAAUAGCCGAGACGCUAACGUGAUCGCUGACACCAUCAGGCAGCAACUACAACAUCUGUCACCACGGUUACGCAACAAACCAAAGGAUGAGCUCUGACGAUCUCGGGGUUGUGCCAUGAGACAGGCCAGCAGUCCGAUGGGUCGUGGAGGGACAGAGGUGGAUUUGAUUGGUCCAAGGAUCAGUCUGUUAACACUCCUAGAUAACACAGACAGACAUAAGGACACUAAAUGCUGUGUUGAAUGUAUUGAACACUUCUGCCUUGUUUUCAUUUGUUUAAUUUUGUCUCCAUUGUUUGUAUUUACUCUAUGAAGUAAGGCUGUGGGACACUGUACAGUACAAUAUCUGAGACCACAAGACAUUUCAUAACACCACCCAGGGCUCUGGGAAAUUUUAAGAGACAUUUUUCUCAAUUUGACAUUUACACCAGACAUUUUAUGAAGAAGAGAACGAAGUUACAGAAUCUUCUCUUAUUCACUUUACAUGUAGGCUUGAGCAUCCUUUGUAUCCUUUACAGUGG